UCUUCGGUUGCUCUAUUUCUCUCAUUAUAGCUCUUGUUUUGAUCAUCCAUGCACGUAAUAUUAUGGGCACACCGGGACAAAUAACUUACAUGGAAACAAUGUUCCCUCUUUACAGGUUCUUCGGUUUUGUAGUUUUGCAUGUGAUUAUGUACGCUGCUAAUAUCUACUUCUGGAAGAUAUACCGUGUGAAUUACUCCUUCAUCUUUGGAUUCAAACAAGGCACUGAACUUGGUUACAGACAUGUUCUACUUCUAAGCUUUGGUCUUGGUACAUUUUCUUUGUGUGCUGCCUUAUUAAACCUUGACAUGGAAAUGGAUUCUCAAACAAAGGACUACAAAACAUUCAGUGAACUGAUUCCUCUCUUUCUCCUCGCCCUAGUGAUUGCCAUAACUCUUUGCCCCUUUAACAUUUUGUAUCGAUCAAGCCGAUUCUUCUUUCUCACGGCUCUGUUCCGCUGCAUCGCUGCACCAUUUUACACGGUGAAUCUUCCUGACUUUUUCUUAGCAGAUCAACUAACAAGCCAGGUUCAAGCACUGAGGAGUCUAGAGUUCUACAUAUGCUACUAUGGAUUUGGAGAUUUCAGACAGAGAAGACGAAACACCUGCAGAUCAAAUGGUGUAUUAACAACAUUCUACUUCAUUGUAGCCGUUAUACCUUACUGGUUACGACUUCUUCAGUGCAUACGAAGAAUCAUCGAAGAGAAAGAUCGGAUGCAUGGAUACAAUGCCAUCAAGUAUCUCUUGACCAUCGUUGCUGCUUGUCUUAGAACAGCUUAUACUCUUAACAGAGGAGCCACUUGGAACAUCGCAGCUUGGGUUUUCUCAGGAGUUGCAACGCUUUACGCAACUUACUGGGACAUUGUUGUUGACUGGGGUUUGCUUCAAAUAGGAUGUAAGAACAGUUUCUUGAGAGACAAGCUUCUUGUUCCUCACAAGACCGUGUACUACGCUGCAAUGGUUCUGAAUGUUUUGUUGAGGUUAGUGUGGUUACAGACAGUUUUGGAUCUGAAGUUCUCUUUCUUACAUAGAGAAACUCUUGUGGCGCUUCUAGCUUGCUUAGAGAUCAUACGCAGAGGUAUCUGGAACUUCUUCAGGCUGGAGAAUGAGCACUUAAACAACGUUGGGAAGUUCAGGGCAUUCAAAACUGUUCCGUUGCCGUUCAACUACCAAGAAGAUAGAGAUCAAGACAAUUAGUUGCACAAGAUAUAUAUAUAUAUAUAUAUAUAUAUACUGAUAUACAUGGUUUUGCGAUAAUAUCUUUAGACAUACAAUUAAGCUAACUUGGUUACACACACUGUUCCACAUUAUUGAACUUAUGUUUAGUUUCUUUUCAGUAGUCU